UGAACUGAGCGGGCAUGGUGGAGACUAUAAUGCUGAUUAUGUUGUGAACAUUGGAAAAAUUGCCGCUCGAAACUCAAGAAUAGCGCCCAAAAUGCUUGAAAUUCGGGUUGUAUUAUCCUGGUGGUGGAAUAUUAAUACAUCAACACUGGCAGAACUCGCACACCAAUGCACCGAAUCUCAACAUUUCACGCGAUCUAAAACAACUAUCGCGCUGUCGCCGUUUAUAGACUUAUACUUUGCUUUGUCAGACCAAUCAGAAUGUUGA